UUGCAGUCCAAGGUUUGAAACACACCCCGGCAGGGGAGUGACGCACCUUAUUAAACAGCCUACAAGUUUGCCCCGUCUGUCCCACAAGUUUUCUCUUUGACCAGCGAGCUCGAAGGGAACUCAGGAAGAGCACAAAUGUCUUGGGUUUGGACGGACAUCUUUUGCCACCCGCUGUGGGUAGUUUCCACUGUCCUGCUCGGGCUUGUGGUGCGCGCCCAGCGGAGAGGCUCCUGGAGUCCGAAAGCCUGCACCGCGCAGCUCAAGGGACGGACAGCUAUAGUCACUGGAGCCAAUACAGGUAUUGGGAAGUUCAUCGCCCUAGACUUAGCACAUCGCGGGGCCCGUGUUGUCCUGGCCUGUCGUAGCAAGGAGAGGGGGACUAAAGCACUAAAGGAAAUCCAGAGCAUAACAGGGAACACAGAUGUUCACCUACGUCUGUUGGACACAUCCUCUCUUGACUCUGUCAGGGCAUUUGCUGAGAAGUUCAUUGAGGAGGAGAAGGCUCUGCACAUCCUCAUCAACAAUGCAGCAGCAUCUGGCCUACCCAAGGAGAUAACCAAAGAUGGGUUGGAAAUUUCGUUUGCCACUAACCAUCUGGGACCCUUCCUUCUAACCAACCUGCUGCUGGACCUCAUGAAGCGUUCAGCCCCAGCACGUAUCAUCAAUGUGUCCUCAGUCAACCAUUGGAGGGGUAAAGUGGACUUCUCUCAUUUCCGUGGUGAAAACCUCGUUCACAGGAUGGACCAAGUCUACAACCACACCAAGCUGCAUAACAUCAUCUGUACCAAUGAGCUAGCACGCAGGCUACAAGGGACAGGUGUCACAGCAAACUCUGUCCACCCUGGUGUCGUAAUGACAGAGGUAAUGCGACACUAUAAAUUCAUAAUACGAGCCCUUUUCAACUUAGUUGGAAUCUUCUUUUUCAAGUCAGCAGAAGAGGGGGCAGUGAGCACCAUCUACUGUGCAGUAGCAGAGGAAACCGAGGGGAUAACUGGGAAGUAUUUUGACAGCGACUGCUCCCUGGUUCUCCCCGCCCCUUUAGCCCGAGAUGCUGCCCUCGCGGCCAAGGACUUUGAGAUCUGCGAGAGACUGACAUCAAAGCUCUGAAAACAACCGCAGAGGCUUGAUAACAGCAGUGAGGUCAAAAUCCGUUCUCCUGCAGUAUAAACAUGUGUUGAGUGCCACGAGGAGAGGAUUAUUAACAUAAAUGAAGAAUCACUGAUGUCAGCAAAUAACAUCUUGAACAGGCAAUCAUGAGUUAUGCAGGGCCUGGA